UAGAGCCUGGGGGCCUGGAGCAGGAUCAAGAACCACCUCCUUUAGGAAACCCCGAGUGGUGGCAGUGGCAGCGGCGGGGGAGGGAGCAGGCAGUGGUCCCUGCACUCAGUGCUGGCUGUUGUGAGGCUCAUGGGAGCCGGACCCGGCCACCCUUCUCCUCUCUCAGGGAUCAGGCGGGUAAUCCUCCCCAGCGGAAGCCUGUAGAGGUGUGCUUCGCUGGUCCCACAGUCUUUCCUAGGAGAGAAAUGGCUACGUCCUGAGCCCAUGGACCCUCUGCCCAGUGGCACCUGGGAAAUCCAGCGGAGGCAGGAGCUGUGGGCUGGCAUGGUUCUGAGAUUCGUUCUGGAAAGUCUUCCACUCCACCAUGUGCCUAGGGAACUAGACGCCUAGUCAAACUUACUCAAUUUUCAAUCUUCAGAGAAAAUUAGGAAUUGAGUUUUAUUAUAAUCAAGAGCUACAGGCUUCACUGAGGCACAGUUUGGGGGAAUAAGGGCCCAGGGAGAUGGCCCUCACCUGCCUGUUGAGCACGACUCUUGGGACCCCUGGGUGCGGGGAUCUACCCAUCGAAACUGAGCUGCUGCAGCUCAUCCUAGACCAGUAUUUCUCCACAUUUAAAAAUUCACGGCCCACUAAAAACGAUAAAAAACAUUCCAUGCCCUUUUUUGUAUUUUAUGAUGCAAAAGAUCAUAGGUUCUUUCUCAUUUUCCAAAUACAAAGUUAUGACAUCAACCAUUGUGCAUUUUCUUAGCACAAAGCCCUCUCUCCCCUAGUUGCGAAUUGCUGCCUAAGACCUUGAAAACCCACAGGUCACUCCAGGGCAGUGUCUGAGCGCCUGGGGUCCCAGAGAUGCUGCCCCUUUCUGUCCUGCAGCUCUGGUCCCCUGGCCGCAGAAGACAGGUGGACAGAAGCUCAGGUGCCGCUCGGGGGAAACCGGGAGAGACUUUGGCACAUAGUUUCCAGCCCCCCAGGGUCCUGCCUGCAGAUGAACAAUCAAUAGAACUCUGGCUCCCGGGAGCCGGGUUGUAGCUGGGGAAGCAGACACAGGCUGUUUAACCAACAACAAACAGUCCUGCCAUCCACAGACGCACACACACACCCACACAGUCAGACGGGCUGUCUCACCCUCCCCUCCAGACCUGUGCACAGACACGCGCACGCUGGCGCCCGGAGCCCUGCCGGCAGCCCACGGCAGAUCACCGUCUGGAGUGACUGACGCACCCCCCCCCACAAGCCCCGGGCCUCUGCGCCCAUCAGCUCCUCCCCUCCCUCCCCUUUCCCUGAGGCGUGCGCUGCCUCUUUGAAACCCAACUCAGGGCUGUGCUCUGUGACCCACAAAGGGUUCCGAUUGUGGCCAUUCAGUGGCCUUUCCCCAGGGAAGGGAGGGGAGAUGAGACAGAUGGGCGGCUUGUCCUGCUGCGGCCACCAAGAGAAGCCCUCGGCUGGCCAGUAACGAGCCAGCACGGUUCCCACCCAGCCGGCUGCUCAGUGCCUUAACCUCUCCCUAACACAGCCCCAUGGAGGCUCUGUGGCCUCGCCCCAUGGGGCGCCUCCCUCAGUUCUCUGGUCCCCUUUCGCACUUCCAGGCUGGUGUCCCCUCCUGGCGCCCCACUGACUGUCCUGCCUUUUCCCAGGCCCUCUGCCUUCCCCUGUCACAAGCUGUUGUUCCCAGGCUUUGCUCUCUCCUUGUUUUUCCAUGGGCAUGCUUUGUCCUCCGGCCUGAUCGUGAGCUCUUCAAGUGCAGAGAGCAUGUCUUUGCUUUCCUGGUGACGGGUGCCCAGAGCAGAGCUCAGCACACACAGGACAGUCACUAGACACUUGGCAAGUUAGUUAUUUGCAGCCCAGGACACACCCGCUAGUCCCCUCUGUGUGUCCCUCUCCUCCGCAAUAACCCUGCGUUCUCCACUUCGGAGGGCUUGCCUGCACCCCUGCUCUCCAUGUCCCUGUGCAGUUUCAACCCCAGAUGCCUCCUUACAACUUCACUGGCUUUUUGUCAGCAUCUCCCUGCCUCUGCCCACACGGUGGGCCCUGCCACAGGAGGGUGGGGACUGGCAGGACCUAGAGGAGUUAGACGCUCCCUCACUGGGCCAUGGCUCCCGGGGAAGGAAGUGCGUUGGGGAAGGCACCGAGGUAGACGAAGUCUGGCUGGGAAAGCUCUUGGAGGGUGUGGACUUGACGUUGCUACUUAGGAGAGCCUGGUCUUUGGUCAGAGGAGCCCUUCUCUCCUUCCUACCCCCAGAGACCCAGGGCUUCGCCUCCAGAGGGUCAGGGCCAAAGUGAGGUUCACGUCUGAGAUGCAUAGUCACAUCGGGAUCCCUUGUGUUGAGUGGGAUGCACAAAGCCAGCUGCUGCUUUUGGGAGAUUGAGGGUCUCACCUGGGGAGUAUUUGGAGGUCCCAGAAGGAAUCUCACCCUGGAGCAUCUUUUCCCUGAGGCCUCAGAGCCUAAAGUUUCACUGGGUGCCCCCCCCCCGCAUCAAACAGAUGUAUCAGUGAAGGCCAGAGCGAAACCGCGGGUGGGUUGCAAUUGCAGAUCUAGAGUUAGUACCAGGGUGCCCUGCCUUCUCUCCACCACCAGCGCAGAUUGCCUGGUGCCAGCUCUCCACCCCUGCUCCUGGUGGGCUGAACUGGGCCUCGCUGGGUGCUGUGGUCCCAACGGUGCCAUGGAGUAGAAGGGGCUGGUCUGAAUAACUCCCCACUUCCCUCUGCUCCUCAACAUCCCUGUCCCAUCGUCUCCUGUCUCUCCCUCUGGUGUUCGGUUGACCUGUUCUCUGCUUCUCCUCCUUCUGGCCGCGUGAGGACCCCUCCUCUGGACAGGAGCUCUCUCCUGGGUUCCCGCCUGCCGCGCCCGCUUGUGGCCGCCAACUAGGUGACUGUGUGCUGGCUGGACGAGGCCGGGGCCAGUUCCACGCACUGCCUCUCCCCACAGGCUGAGCAUGCCGGGGUCCGUACCUACUUCUUCAGUGCCGAGAGCCCCGAGGAGCAGGAGGCCUGGAUCCAGGCCAUGGGGGAGGCUGCCCGGGUACAGAUCCCCCCAGCCCAGAAGUCGGUGCCCCAAGCUGCGCGCCACAAUCUCCCCACCACCACCCAACUCCAUGCUGGGCUGGAGUCCCUGACAACAUCUCCCUUGGCAUCCCGCAGCCACGAGAAGCCAGACUCGGAGAACAUCCCACCUAGCAAACACCACCACCAGCCGCCGCACAACAGCGUCCCCAAGUCUGAACCGGAGGCCAAGACUCGAGGGGAGGGUGAUGGCCGGGGCUGCGAGAAGGCGGAGCGGAGGCCCGAGAGGCCAGAAGUCAAGAGCGAGCCCCUGGUGAAAGCCAAUGGCGUCCACGCCGGCCCAGGACCAGGCUCGGAGCCCGGCAGCCCUUACCCCGAGGGCCCAAGGGUCCCCGGGGGUGGGGAGCGGCCCGCCCAGCCCAACGGCUGGCAGUACAGCUCCCCCAGCCGGCCAGGGAGCACAGCCUUCCCGCCUCAGGACUCAGAGAGGGGGGGGCACCGGCAGAGCUUCCCGCCACGAGUCAACCCCGACAAGAUCGCCCAGCGCAAGAGCUCCAUGAACCAGCUUCAGCAGUGGGUGAACCUGCGCCGAGGGCUGCCCCCUCCUGAAGACCUUCGGAGUCCCUCCAGGUUCUACCCCGUGUCCCGUAGGGUCCCUGAGUAUUACAACCCCUACUCCUCCCAGUACCCUGACGACUACCAGCCCUACCCGCCAGGCGUGCGGCCCGACAGCAUCUGCUCGAUGCCGGCCUACGAUCGGAUCAGCCCGCCCUGGGUGCUGGAGGACAAGCGUCACUCCUUCCGGAACGGAGGCGGCCCCGCCUUCCAGCUGCGUGAGUGGAAGGAGCCUGCUGGCUAUGGGCGGCAGGACGGCACCGUCUGGAUCCCCAGCCCCUCCCGGCAGCCCGUCUAUUAUGAUGAGCUGGAUGCUGCCUCCGGCUCCCUGCGCCGCCUGUCCUUGCAGCCCCGUUCCCACUCCGUGCCCCGCUCGCCCAGCCAGGGCUCCUACGGCCGCGCCCGCAUUUACUCCCCCGUCCGCUCACCCAGUGCCCGUUUUGAGCGGCUGCCACCUCGCAGUGAGGACAUCUAUGCUGACCCUGCUGCCUAUGUGAUGAGGCGAUCCAUCAGCUCCCCUAAGUAUGAUUACCUGGGAGACAGGCGGCCAGUCCCUGCAGGGCUGUUCCCCUACAACUACCCGCCGUCCCCCACGGUCCACGAUAAGAUGGAUGAACUUUUAGACCUUCAAUUGCAAAGAAACCUAGAGUAUUUGGAUCAGCAGAUGAGUGAGAGUGAGACUCUCAUCAGUAUGGUGAACCACAUGGUGGAAAACUCCUCCCCCAGGGCCCAGCUCUUCAUGCAAGUCCCUCCGUACCCAGAAGUGUUCCGGGACAGCCUCCACACCUACAAGUUAAACGAGCAAGACACAGAUAAGCUGCUGGGCAAGUUAUGUGAGCAGAACAAGGUGGUGAGGGAGCAGGACCGGCUGGUGCAGCAGCUCCGAGCUGAGAAGGAGAGCCUGGAAAGUGCCUUGAUGGGGACCCACCAGGAGCUGGAGAUGUUUGGAAGCCAGCCCGCCUACCCGGAGAAGCUGCUGCACAAGAAGGAGUCGCUGCAGAACCAGCUGAUCAACAUCCGGGUGGAGCUGUCGCAGGCCACUACGGCCCUGGCGAACAGCACCGUGGAAUACGAGGGCCUGGAGUCAGAGGUCUCCGCCCUGCAUGACGAGCUCUGGGAGCAGCUCAGCUUGGACCUCCAGAAUGAGGUGCUCAGCCGGCAAAUCCAGAAGGAGAUCUGGAGGAUCCAGGAUGUGAUGGAGGGGCUGAGGAAGAAUAACCCCUCCCGGGGCACAGACACGGCCAAGCACAGAGGAGGACUUGGCCCCUCAGCCACCUACAGCUCCAACAGCCCCGCCAGCCCUCUCAGCUCCGCCAGCCUCACCAGCCCCCUGAGCCCCUUUUCGCUGGUAUCUGGCUCUCAGGGGUCCCCCACCAAGCCCGGAUCCAGUGAGGAGCCCGGCCCGCCACGGCCUCCCCUCCCCAAAGCCUACGUCCCCCUGGAGUCUCCUCCCACCGUGCCUCCACUCCCUAGCGAAAGCCGCCUCUGGCCAUACCCCACCUCCCCUUCCUGGCACCGCGGUGGCGAGACAGCCAGGGGUCAGCCCAAGGCAAGCUAUGAGCCAAGCAAGAAAGACCCCCACCAGACAUCACCCCUGGACACCACUAAAGACAUCAGCCUUGUGCCCACCAGGCAAGAGGUGGAGGCAGAGAAGCAGGCAGCUCUCAACAAAGUUGGCAUUGUGCCCCCCCGGACAAAGUCACCCUCGGAUGAAGAGAUGACCCCGUCAAGGGUGGUGAGGAGGACCACCAACAUGCUCACCAAUGGACUCUCCUCCCGGCAGGAGCGCCCCAAGAGUGCUGUGUUUCCUGGCGAGGGCAAGGUCAAGAUGAGCGUGGAGGAGCAGAUCGACCGCAUGCGGAGGCACCAGAGUGGCUCCAUGAAGGAUAAACGGAGGAGCCUGCAGCUCCCAGCCAGCCCGGCCCCCGACCCCAGCACCCGGCCCGCCUACAAAGUGGCCCGCCCCCAGGUGCGCCGUCACCGCAGCAUCCAUGAGGUGGACAUCUCCAACCUGGAGGCAGCUCUGCGGGCAGAGGAGCCUGGCGGGCAGGCCUACGAGACACCGCGGGAGGAAAUUGCCCGGCUCCGCAAAAUGGAGCUGGAGCCCCAGCACUAUGAUGUGGACAUCAGUAAGGAGCUCUCCACCCCAGACAAAGUCCUCAUCCCUGAACGGUACAUCGACCUGGAGCCUGACACUCCCCUGAGCCCAGAGGAGCUGAAGGAGAAGCAGAAGAAGGUGGAGAGGAUCAAGACGCUCAUUGCCAAGUCCAGUAUGCAGAACGUGGUGCCCAUCGGCGAGGGGGACCUUGUGGACGUGCCCCAGGACUCAGAGAGCCAGCUGCAGGAGCAGGAGAAGCGGAUUGAAAUCUCCUGUGCCCUGGCGACCGAGGCCUCCCGCCGGGGCCGCAUGCUGUCUGUGCAAUGUGCCACCCCAAGCCCUCCCACCUCCCCUGCCUCCCCGGCUCCACCAGCCAACCCCCUAUCGUCUGAAUCCCCACGGGGCGCCGACAGCAGCCAUGCCAUGCGGGUCUGAGCUCUGACUGCAAGCCCUGGCUAAGGCCAACGCCAUGAAGCUCCACAGAGCCACGUUCUGAAGCCCACCUCUGCCCACCUGAGGUCCUGGCUCCGCACCCUGGCCCCCCGGCCUCCCUGCCUCUGCGCUCCCAUGGGAGUGCCGCAGGGAGCCAGGCUAGGAGCAUGGGCACCUCAGUGUCCACACACCCACGGUGCCCGGCCCAAAGCCCUCGCUACUCAGAUGGUGGUCCUCGGCCAGGGCGCGAGAUGGCGGGGUGAGCAGCGCCAUCCUGUCUGAUGCCCACGGCACAGGGAGCCCAGGCCUGCCUCUGGCUGGGGUUGUGAUGGCCCGGCUGGAACAUUCCCUGAUGGAGGAGAUGCUCUGAUGGGGAACGGACCCUGGGCUGUCUUAGCUUAGGACUCCUCCCGACGCCGAGGACAGCACCUGCCAUCAUCCCCGCCCCCGUCAACCCGCCCUGCUGCCCCAGCUGUCCCCAGGGUCUUGGCGCAUCUCUGCUGACGGGUGCUCCUUUGGGGUCCAAUGGAGACUGACCACCUUGCCUGAGCCAAAGACAAGAUGACGAGAGAUGGGGAGAGGCUCCUGGGCUCCCAGAGGACAGUGCUGGCUGUGGAGAGAGAGCGGCAGGUCUGUGCAGUGUCUGAGGGCAGGUUGAGAAGAGGGAGCAGAGCGAGAGGGCGAGAUCUCAGGAAAGUGGGAGGAAAGGGAGGCAGCAGGAAGCAUGCACGAGGAGGAGGAGGAGGAGGAGGAGGAGGAGGAGGAGGAGGAUGGAGAUGAGAAGGGGCAUGGGAUUGGUUUUCCCAGGAUGGAGCCUUAGGCUGGUACCGAGUACAGUGCCAGGCUGUCAGCUUUGCUCCUCCCACCUCGUCCCCAGGAUCGGCAGGGCUGCCAGCAGGAGGACCCCACAGUGCCGCGGGGAUGGCGGUGUGAGCUGAGGGGCUGGGGGCAGCAGCCUGGGAGUCGGCUCUUUCUAGGUCUGGGCCUGAUGCCGGCCUCCCCAUCCCAGGGUCAGGAGCAGAGCGAAGGACCUGUCUUAAGGAGGAUGUGGUCAGCCUUGGGGCCUUUCCUAACCAUUUCUGUGACAUUAUCUUGUCUCCUUCCCCCUGGAAUGUGCUGUGGGCCAGCUGGGAGUGGGUCCCAGGGAAAGGGAACGUGGCCGGGUUCUGGGGCCCUCCCCUGCAUCCCAGGAAUCCCAGAUGAGGACAAACUGAGGCUGUAAGGCAGGUGUCCCUUCUAGCGUGGCGCUCUCACAGCCCACCCCCACCAGAGGGCCAGUGGUGGAGAGACAAAAGCAAAGCCCGUUCUUCUCGGCCCCGCCCACCUCGAGAGGAAUGUAGCCAGAGAGGAUGGAUGAGAAUGAAGCCGAACAGCCUCGGCCCCUAGGCCUUCUCUUUGCCAGAGUUGCUGCCCAGAGACUUCAGCUCAACCUCCAGCGGCCCCAAGAACGACUACUUUAUCUUCCACCAGUUCCUCUCCACUCCUCCAUGACUGGGACAGUUACUGGUUCAUAUGCAAGUAAAGAUGACACGUCAUUCAACAAGUACUUAUUGAGCACCUUUUAUGUACCAGGCGCUGUUCUAGGUGCUGAGGAUAGUCUCAUGCUUCUGAGGGAUUCCAGAUGGAGGGGAUUCCACUUACCUUCAUUUCUGGCAGGUUUUUUGAACAUGACCCUUGGCUGCAUCUCCCAUCUUUAGCACAGUUCUAGCCCCCCAAACUUGCCCUUUCUCCCCCAUAGACCGGAAGAUGGGGUUGGCUCCCAGGUAACCCUCUCUCCCUUCUUCAUCUCUCACAUCUUCUCCAUCCAUAAGAAACAGAUGUUUCGGGGCUUCCCAUGCCUUCCCCUUUUUGGUCUGUCUCUUUUUUUAAGUGAUUAUUUUUUGAAAUACCAAGGAUUAAUGUCCACUCCUCUGCCACCUCUCUCUCACCUCUUGUUUCAUAAAGCUGGCUCUUUAUGUUGCUUUACAUGCCUUAAUAUAUGUUUUCUGAAGAUUAUACA